UCUCAAGAGCGAGAGCGAAGAUAGCGAGACAGAGCUUGAUACUCCAAAUGGAACUGGUGGCCUCAAGUCAGCACACCUGCCACAUCAGACCUCUAGCGGAUCUCAAGCAGGUCCGGCGAACUACAAGAGUCGCUCUUACAUCUCUGAAGUCGAAGCGGCGCGACCUGCAGCCAAGGGGAAGGUUCGCGGCUUCGAAGAUCUCACUCGUGAUGCUGAAGAGGCAGGCGGUAGCAGUGGAAACAACAUAGGUGGAGCUUCUGCGCUAAGUGGGCUUGGGGGAGUGAGUGGGAGCAAGCCUGCGCUGAGGAGGAUACUGGCAGGGGAUCGCUUCUGGGAGGGAAAUGUCAAGGAGCUGGAGCAGGUAUACACAAGACGGCGUGCCCUUCUCAGACCUCAUACUCCCCACGACAAGAAGCAACGCUGCCGGUCUCACACACGCCGUGAUCACAUCCUACGACAUAGACUACCAAUGGCUCUCCACCAUACUUCCCACGAAGAACUCAGCACAGCCCGGGAGGAAGGCACUCCCUGGUCCUGAGCUCACCUUCCUCACUUCGGAGAAGACAGGUCUGCCCAUCGGCACUCACGCAGCCGGUCCUCCAGGCUGGAACUUCAACGUCCGCAAAGAGCUUCGCAAGGAGCAUAGCUGCCCUCACAUCAAGCUCCUCCUGCUCUUCUACCCCGACCGACUAAGGAUGGGAAUCCUCACAGGCAAUAUGAUCGAGUAUGACUGGAGCACACUUGAGAAUGCCGCUUUCCUGCAGGACUUCCCGAUCCUGCCUGGUGAGAGGAGAGAUACGAGCACGGAUGUGUAUGAUCAAAUGAGCAUGGUGUUGAGCUCCAUGGGUCUUCCACGCCAGCAUGUGGCUUUCCAAGCAUUGGCUCGCUACGAUUUGACCAAAGGGCCGACGAUUGUGGCCUCUAUCGCGACGGACGUGCCGGUGAAAGGCUGGGACAAGAUUUCAAAAGUCGGGUUGGGCAGGCUGGCCGUCAAGUCGAGGGACCUUAUGGGUGGGGCAGUGCUUGGAGGUGGGCUUGAGCUGGAGGCGCAGGGCUCCUCAAUGGGCAUGUACUCCCAGCGCUGGCUCCAACAAUUCCACCUAGCCGCUUCAGGCGCAGAGCUCUCUCGCUGCAUUCCCCUACCCGCCGCACAAGGGGCCGCAACACGUCGCUACGGUGCUGAAAUUGGCAGACCAGGAAAGGAAUGGCCGCCCAUCAAGGUCGUCUUUCCCACCAGAGACUUUGUACUCAGGGAGAGCGCGCCUGGACCCGGAAAUGGGCAUUGUCACUUUGGAAAGCCUGACGCCUUCCACCGCUGGAAGCACCUCUGCUAUCAAGCCCGUGGCGCCCGUCUCCCCGGCCUGCUCAUGCACCAGAAGGCUAUCUUGGCACUCAAGCCUGGCUUCACCUCUUCUUUCUCUUCCACCACUGCCUCUAGCUCCGCCUCUUCUUCAUCUUCCUUCUUCGGUAAAGGCAACACGACCGGGCAGACUGCCCCACGCACAGCAGAUGUGGACGUAGACGCAGACGCAGGCCCAAGCGCAAUCAUUGGGUACACCUACCUCGGCUCAGCAAACUUCACAAUGGCAGCCUGGGGGAAUCUAGCCCUUCCCAGCCAGAACAACAACGAGCGCGUACACGGCAGCAGCAGUGCUCCCGGCGAGGUGGGUCUGACAGCGAACAAUUGGGAGCUAGGCGUGCUCCUCCCUUUUCGUAGGAGCGAUCUAAGUCCAGAAGCCGAGUUGAGCUCGAAUGCGCGAAGUGCCAUUUGUUGGGAGAGACCAUUGAGGGCUUAUAGGUCCGCAGGGGUUGCAGCUGAACCUGCAGCUGCAGCUGGAGCUGGGCUUGGAGCUGGAGCUGGGCUUGGAGCUGGGCUCGGAGCUGGAGUUGGAGGAGAGGAUGGAGACGUUCCUUGGUUGAGCGAGGAGAAUCAGCACAGGCCUUCUACACGGCCACCUAGGAGGUGAGACCCAAGCUGUACCAUGUCUCAGAUACGCGGACAAUUUCAACAGACAUCAGACCUAGAGGAGUCAAAGGCGUAUGUAACUGUGCGUGGUAGAAGAGAGCAGAAGCAGCUUGGCCAUUGUUUCAUUGUUUCAUUGUUCAACGGAGUGGGUGAAUGCAUGCAUGCACGGUUAGAACCAAUAGCGAGGCAAUGUGUAUAUGUGUGUACGUCUAUCUGUAGAGCUAUGACUGGAACUGGGGACUGGGGACUACUAAAGAGGGAUACAGGAGCAUU